ACCGGCCUUAUAAAGGGCGCUCGCCGAGGCGCGCGCCUCGCACCACAGAGGCGCUGUGCGGCCUGUGACGUGCGCCUGCGCAGCGCGAGCCCCUCCCCGCCCCUCGCUCCGCCACCUCUCCGCCCCUCCGCUGGCCGGGCCCCGCCUCGGCUGCGCGCCUUCGCCCCGCUUCCAGCCGCCCCUCUGCCCCGCAGCAACCAGCCCGGUCUCCGGCAGCAUGUUCAGCUGGGUCAGCAAGGAUGCCCGCCGCAAGAAGGAGCCGGAGCUCUUCCAGACGGUGGCUGAAGGGCUGCGGCAGCUGUACUCGCAGAAGCUGCUGCCGCUGGAGGAGCACUACCGCUUCCACGAGUUCCACUCGCCGGCUCUGGAGGAUGCUGACUUCGACAACAAGCCCAUGGUGCUGCUCGUGGGCCAGUACAGCACGGGCAAGACCACCUUCAUCCGGCACUUGAUCGAGCAGGACUUCCCGGGGAUGCGCAUCGGGCCCGAGCCCACCACCGACUCCUUCAUCGCCGUCAUGCACGGCCCCACCGAGGGCGUGGUGCCGGGCAACGCUCUCGUCGUGGACCCGCGGCGCCCCUUCCGCAAGCUCAAUGCCUUCGGCAACGCCUUCCUCAACAGGUUCAUGUGCGCCCAGCUGCCCAACCCGGUCUUGGAUAGCAUAAGCAUCAUCGACACUCCCGGGAUCCUGUCUGGGGAGAAACAGCGCAUCAGCAGAGGUUAUGACUUCGCGGCUGUCCUGGAGUGGUUUGCUGAGCGGGUCGACCGCAUCAUCCUGCUCUUUGACGCCCACAAGCUGGACAUCUCUGAUGAGUUCUCAGAAGUCAUCAAGGCCCUCAAGAAUCACGAGGACAAGAUCCGUGUGGUGCUGAACAAGGCUGACCAGAUCGAGACCCAGCAGCUGAUGCGGGUGUAUGGGGCCCUCAUGUGGUCCCUGGGGAAGAUCAUCAACACCCCCGAGGUAGUCAGGGUCUACAUCGGCUCCUUCUGGUCCCACCCACUCCUCAUUCCUGACAACCGCAAGCUCUUCGAGGCGGAGGAGCAGGACCUCUUCAAAGACAUCCAGUCUCUGCCCCGGAACGCUGCCCUCAGGAAGCUCAACGACCUGAUCAAGAGGGCAAGGCUGGCCAAGGUUCACGCCUACAUCAUCAGCUCCCUCAAGAAGGAGAUGCCCAAUGUCUUCGGCAAAGAGAGCAAAAAGAAAGAGCUGGUGAACAACCUGGGGGAGAUCUACGCGAAGAUCGAGCGGGAGCACCAGAUCUCUGCGGGCGACUUCCCGAGCCUCCGCAAGAUGCAGGAGCUCCUGCAGACCCAGGACUUCAGCAAAUUCCAGGUCUUGAAGCCCAAGCUGCUGGACACAGUGGAUGACAUGCUGGCCAACGACAUCGCCCGCCUGAUGGUGAUGGUGCGCCAGGAGGAGUCCCUGAUGCCCUCCCAGGUCGUGAAGGGCGGCGCCUUUGAUGGCACCAUGAACGGGCCCUUUGGGCACGGCUAUGGUGAGGGGGCCGGUGAAGGCAUAGAUGACAUCGAGUGGGUGGUAGGCAAGGACAAGCCCACCUAUGACGAGAUCUUCUAUACGCUGUCACCCGUCAAUGGCAAGAUCACCGGUGCCAAUGCCAAGAAGGAGAUGGUGAAGUCCAAGUUGCCCAACACGGUGCUGGGGAAGAUCUGGAAGCUGGCCGAUGUGGACAAGGACGGGCUGCUGGACGACGAGGAGUUUGCCCUGGCCAACCACCUCAUCAAAGUCAAGCUGGAGGGCCAUGAGCUGCCCACCGACCUCCCCCCACACCUGAUCCCACCCUCCAAGCGGAGGCUCGAGUGACCACCUGGCCUCCGUGUGUCCAGCUGUCUCAGUGCCCGGCCAGGCAGAGACUGGGGGGAGGGGAAGGGUCACCAGUUCUCAAGGUCCAUAAAGACUGAGUGGCUGUUUCCUCAGCUCUUAAAAGGAAAACCACCAUCUUUCUUUUAAAGGCUGUUCCUGGGCCCAGCAAGGGAGGCAGGGGUGAUACUCGUAUGUGAAUGGAAUUUAUGCACAAGAACUAUGGAUAUUUUUAAUAUAUAACGUUAGAGGCGGCCUUCUUUCUUGCCUCCUCCGUCUGACAGCCCCCUGCCUUCACACACACUCUGCCCUCCCUGGCCGUGCUCUGGCUCGCCCUCCUGGCAGCGGCCGGCCGGCGCCGGGGCCCUGUACGCAGGAAUGACUGGAUCGGUUUGUUUCUAAGCUGAGUGUUGCUCCUUUGGGCCAGUGGCUUCCUCCCCGUGCUCCCGGACUCAGCUGGUUCUUGUGCCUUUCGUCACCCCUCAGCCCUCUGCUCGCAUAGCCUCCCACCCGUCACUUGCAGUCACAGAAGCAAGGCCCAGCUGCCUUCUUUGGGGGGGGUCGGGGGGGUGCGAAAGAAAGUCUUCCAGAAAAUAUAUAAGCUAGUUUGGGUUCUGUAAAAGGUAACACCUUUUAUACUUGACUGAAUUUUCCAGCAACUUCCAAACACUCGUUCAGAAGCUGUGAUUUUUGUCUCCUUUCCCACACUCCAACCAGGGGCAGCUUCACCCAGAAGCCAUUAGAGAGGGGUGUGUGCAGAGCUCACCCCACCAGGGACCCCAGAGGUGGUGUUUUCUGCUGCACCUUCUCACUUCCUGGCACAUUCUAGUGCAGCUCCCUGCCCAGCUUGGGGUGGGUGCUCCGUCCUCAUGGACUUGGUAUGGCUUGGUGUUCCAGCUCCGGCCGAGUGGCCAGAGACCAGGGACAACCUAGCCCCUUCCCUCUUUCACCCCCCUUCUUCCCUCUGCUGAGCAAAGGAAGGUGAUGUGACUGCGAUGCCUUUAGAACAACCCAUCCCCAGGCUGAGCAAUACAUGAGGCAGCGAGUGGCCAGCUCAGGCCCCGCACAGUUUUGCUUCAGCUGGGCCGUCUCAGCACAGCUUUGGGGGCUGGACGUUCUCCAGGCUGCAAGGCCUGGAGCCAUCAUCACAGAGCCACUGGCGGAGCAGGCUUCCCACAGGCACUCCCAUGGGGUCUCAGGGAUUCCUCCACUCUGGUCUCCAGCCCCUACCCACCCCCCCAGUGCUGCUCUCCAGGCUUCCGUCCGCCAGGUCCGAGUGGCCGGGACCUGGCCUGGUUACGUCCAGCCGGCCUCGGCCUGCCAUUCCAUACGGUAUUGGUAUUAGGUGAGGUGGGCUGCAUCGCUGAGAAUUCACCGUUUCAGGUGCAGUGGCUUAUCCUUGUUCGCCUGUGGGGAGAAAACAAAGACAAGACUCUCGCAUUAAAAAAUGUUUAACUGCUGAAACUGGCUUCUGCUGCUUCGUUUCUCAGGUCUGCUCCUGCAGUGCCUGCUGGGGCACUGGCAGAGCAUUAGGGGGCUAAGACGCCAACAGGAGCAGGUUGGCAAGCCUGCCAGGUGACAUCCACGCCAUCGUGCUCGGCUCUGGCAGCUACUACCUCUUAGUGGACGCCUGCAAACGGGGCUGAUGACCCCUUUUCCUUGUGCUCGGGGAGGGGGGGGCUGAGCAGUAGCUUGAGGAGAGGAUGGGGUGAAGAAGCAGGGAGAAUCUCUGAUGACAGAACUAGGCUACUUACCCUGGGGUUUGGGGGAAGGUACCCACCUUGUAUGAUCUUUACAGCAUCUCCAACCUGGGCCCCGCCCUCGACAUGGACAGACAGGUGGGCGCCCAUGGGGCUCUGGGCACUAGACAAGGGUUGACUGGACUUCGUGCUUGGCCCAGGGGGGUUUAGAUACAGUGAAGCUGGUACUCAGACCGAGGACAAAAAUACAAUUACUAAGGGUGGGGCCAGCCAUGUCACACUCGGGGGAAGGGGAAC